CAGGUCACGCUCAGAUCACACCACUAGUCCACGUGAACUCGUACACAUUAACCAUCACUAUCUCAAUCUCAAUCAUGUCCGACGCAGUAGUUGCGCAGCAUCCCCCUGCAAUCAUGGUGGGAGGUCGUCGACUCUCAGUUACCUCGCGGCCUCGGCCUCGUGCCAACUCGGGAGCUCUUCCGAAUGUAGGCGCAAAUCAAACCGAAAACACUGAUUACCCGCGGCCUGCAGGUCAUGGCGAUGAGGAAGCACAUGACCCCCCGCACAAUGAAGAAGAGCUUCCAAAGAAGAAGAAACAUCAUGGACAUGGCAGCCACGAUGACAACAGGCUUCAAGAGAGCGCUUAUCGCAAGGCUGAGGCUAGCAGGCCCACCAAAGACAAUGUUGGUGGUAAAAGCGGUUAUGGUGCUUCAGGCAGGAUCGCUCAACCGGCGGGCAAAUCCUUUGGCAUUUGAGGAAAGGCGAUGUUUUGAGAAUGCUGGAUUCAUCGAAGGAGGAAAUUUCACAUCAUGUACCAUCACAACGUGUUGCUGUACAACCAGUGUAUUUGUAUAGGUGUCAUACUCGUUGAAAUGCGCUAUCAUUCUUGCAGACAACUAAGAAUCGUGCAGCAUGGGUGCUUAUUUCGCAUAGACGAACAUAGCAAUGGGGGCACUAGAGAUACAAAUAAAUCAAUCAUGCAGUGGAUACUGCUGCCUUCUU